AUGGAACCUUCUGACUUUUCAAAACUCCUUUUUGUUCCAAUCUGGAAUGAAAACAAAGAAACUCGAAGCUGUUGUCAAGAGGCUCAGCGCUGGCGCAACGAGAACUAUGAGAGGCCCGUGGACCUGGAGGGCUCUGGGGACGAUGACCCCUUUGGGGACGAUGAACUGGACGAUGUCUACUCGGGCUCCGGCUCGGGGUAUUUUGAGCAGGAGUCGGGGCUCGAGACGGCAGUGACCCUCACCACGGACAUGUCUGUCACGCUCCCCACCACAGCGGCCGUGCUGCCCGUCACCUUGGUGCAGCCCGUGGCAACCCCCUUUGAACCAUUCCCUGCUGAGGACACCACCCCUGAGCAGACAACCAACGUCUUAUAUAUCCCCAGGAUGACAGAGACACCAGUGAUCCCCAGUUGGAAAGCAACCACCACCAGUACCACUGCCAGUGACUCCCCUACCACCACGACGACCAUCACGACCACCACGGCCGCUGCCACCAGCACCGUGGCCACGACCACCACCAGCACCACCAUGGCCACUGUCAAGCCCACCACCAUCCGGAGGUUCCUGCCCCCCUUUGUCACCAAGGCAGCCACCACCCGGGCCACCACCCUGGAGACACCCACCACCUCCACCCUUGAAACCAGCACACCAACAAAGGUGGCCACGUCAUGGCUUGUUCCCACCAGCACGACCAAGCCCAGGUCCUUGCCAAAACCAAGCACCUCCAGGACUGCAGACCUCACAGAAAAAAGCACUGCCUUGCCAUCCCGUCCAGCCACGCUGCCACCCACAGAAGCCCCCCAGAUGGAGCCAGGGGAUGUGACGACAGUCCUCGACAACGAGCUGGAGGUCCCAGUCAGCAGCGGCCCCAGUGGGGACUUUGAGAUCCGGGAGGAGGAAGAGACGACUCGUCCUGAGCUUGGUAAUGAGGUGAUGGCCGUGGUGACACAGCCGUCGGGACCCGGCUUGGGCAAGAACGCAGAGCCGGGGCUGAUCGAUAACACGAUAGACUCUGGCAACUCGGCCGCUCAGCUCCCCCAGAAAAACAUCCUGGAGAGGAAAGAAGUGUUGAUAGCCGUGAUCGUGGGCGGUGUGGUGGGAGCCCUUUUCGCCGCCUUCCUGGUCAUGCUGCUCAUCUACCGGAUGAAGAAGAAGGAUGAGGGCAGUUACACGCUGGAGGAGCCCAAGCAAGCCAACGUGACGUACCAGAAGCCCGACAAGCAGGAGGAGUUUUAUGCGUAGAAGGAGAGCCCAGCGUGCCUCGCGCUCCCUCCCUCCCUGCUCCAAACUCUCCCUCCUCCUCUACUUCAUCCAGUCUCUCUCUUUCUCUCUCUCUAUCUCUCUCUUUUUUGGAUCAGACUGUGAAU